GGCUGAACUUGUCUUACUCGCGCCGCUGGGAUUGGCUUUUCCAGGACAAAGCUUUCUGUGGCCGCUGAUUGGCUCUCCAGGGAAAGGGAUUGUAUGAUUGACGGCGUCCAAGAUGGCGGCGCCCAUAGUUAUUCCGGAUACGGAGAGAGUUCGAAAAGCUGUGACCUUGAUCAACACUCUCGAUACAGGCAGGUUCUCUCGCCUUCUCUCCCGCAUCCUUCAGAAGCUUCACUUAAAGACUGAGAGUACUUUCACAGAAGAAGAGGAAGAAAAACUUCAAGCUGCAUUCUCAAUAGAAAAACAAGACCUUCACCUUGUACUUGAAACCAUAACAUUCAUUUUGGAACAGGCGGUAUAUCACAACUUUAAGCGCACUAUUUUGCAACAGCAGCUACAGCAUUCCAACCUGAAUCAUGAUAAAGUAGAAGUGUUUGCUACCACAUGGGCGGCUGCAGGUCCAGAAAUAGUGGAAAAAUUUAGACAGAGAAUUUUGUCACCGUAUAAGCUCGAGACAGUUGGAUGGCAACUUAACCUUCAGAUGGCUCAGUCCAUGCAGGCAAAACAAAAAUCUCCUCAAGCUGUAUUAGAACUUGGAGUGAGCAACGAAGAUUCAAAAGUAAGAAGCUCUUUGUCACGUAUUUUUUCAAUGAUGUGUUGA